GUCAGAAGCAAGGUGGCUGCUAUCGAAGGUUGGCUACGCGUGGUAUUUGUUGAUCUUGCGAGAUGCAGCAGGAGAGCGCCGAAUCUUCGGCCAAGGAGGCUUCGCCUAAGCAGGAAAAUCCGUCUCCCGCCCGACAGCAGGAGAACGGCGGCGCCGACGAGCCUCCCCCGCCGCCGCCGCCACAGCAGCAUCCGCCGCCAACGCAGCCCCCGGGGAGCGUCGAAGCGCCCGCCAACGGGGCACCGAGCCCCCGCGAGCCCGAGGAGGGACAACCUCUGCCGAGCAAUGUGCUGCCUAAGCAGCAGCAGCAACAGCAGAACAACGAGUUUCUGCAGCAGCAAAGCAAGAUUUUUGUCUUUUCGACGUCGCUGGCCAACCAAGGUGCCGAGGCUGUAAUCCAGAGGCAAUUUCCGUCCAUCAUUUCCUUCCACUGCGCCCAACCAGGCACGAAGCAAGUAUCUUGCGAGAUGCAGCAGGAGAGCGCCGAAUCUUCGGCCAAGGAGGCUUCGCCUAAGCAGGAAAAUCCGUCUCCCGCCCGACAGCAGGAGAACGGCGGCGCCGACGAGCCUCCCCCGCCGCCGCCGCCACAGCAGCAGCCGCCGCCAACGCAGCCCCCGGGGAGCGUCGAAGCGCCCGCCAACGGGGCACCGAGCCCCCGCGAGCCCGAGGAGGGACAACCUCUGCCGAGCAAUGUGCUGCCUAAGCAGCAGCAGCAACAGCAGAACAACGAGUUUCUACAGCAGCAAAGCCAGAUUUUUGUCUUUUCGACGGCGCUGGCCAACCAAGGUGCCGAGGCUGUAAUCCAGAGGCAAUUUCCGUCCAUCAUUUCCUUCCACUGCGCCCAACCAGGCACGAAGCAGUAUCUUGAGAAAAACCCACUACGCACAUCACAAUUUACCCGGCAGCCAUGGAUGUCAAAACGAUCGUCUCUCGCCGGCGUACAGGUACCUGAUGAAAACCUCACACCCCAGCAGCGCCAACACCGAGAGGAGCAACUGGCCACCCUUCGGAAGAUGCAACAAAUGUUGUUUCCUGAGCGGCCGCCCCCCUUCCGCUCCGCCUCAGCCCCAAUUGCCUCGCCUGGGGCACCAGCCUCCCCGGCGGGCCACUCAUUGCCGGCGGCCAGCCCAAGUACGCCACUGGCAGGCGCGUCACCCUCCCCUGGCAUUAAAAAGGAGCCGAGCCUGAUGCCAGUGCCGUCUCCUCAGCAGAUUCAGUAUUUGGCCUCCUUUGAGGGCCAUGAGCUCACAAUACAGCGGCAGCCAAACACGGGAAUCACUGAUCCCCAUCUUUUAUCACCUAUGCAGCCUUCUGGGAUGGACGAUCCAAAUCGGCCGAUGGCACCGUCCUACCCCUCAACUCCCAACUUUGGCAGUCCGUCGGACGUGAAGAAGCAGCCGCAGAGUCCGUCAGACGUGAAGCCGCGUUUUGGCACUGACAUCAAGCCCAACUUCACAACAGACGUGAAACCGUGCUUCCCGCAAGGCCCCGGAUCUCAAGCACCGCCCAUGUCCCCGUCGUCCUUCCAGAAGAACUCUCCCGCCUUCCCUCCUGAGAUGCCUUCACCGCCCAAACUGUCUCCCCCGCCUGACAUACCUCUGAACCCAGUGGGUCCGCAGGGCGGCACCAAGGGCCGCUUUGACCCCAUCACCUCUAUGGAAGCGAUGAGCCAGCAGUUGGCCUCGCCAGGCCCCAACAUGAUGCCCCCCAUGAUGUAUGGCAGUCCGCAGGAGGCCAUGUGCGGCGGCGGUGGAGGCCAGCAGCCCCCUCCUCAAGGGCCCCCGCAGCAGCAACAGCAACAGCAGCAGCAGCAGCCCCCACAGCAAAUGGGCCCGCAGCAGGGCUUCCCUUCGAACGUGGCCAUGAUGCAGAACCAGCCAACAUCGCCGAUGAUGCAGCAGCCGAGGGGCUCUCCGCCAGUGAACUUCAACCCGAUGGGCCCCCAGAUGGGUCAGAGGCCCUUGAUGGGCCCCCAGCAGUGCCGGCCUCCGUACAACGGGGCCAAUAUUCAGGUGAAGGCGAGUGCGCCGAACACUAUACAGUACCACCCACCGACGCGGCCGCAGACGCAGCAGCCACAGGGGCCUCCGGCGCGACCCAGUUUGGAAUUUUUACACCGAUUCGCGAAUCCACAAGGGGGUCCACCAGACUCUAACAAGAUGGGCUACUACCCGAAUGGUGGGCCGAUGAACGGGGCGGGCCCAAUGGGCAGUCCGGGAGUGCCGAUGGGUGGGCCCAUGGGCAGUCCCAUGGGGGUUCCGAUGUCGGGGCCCAUGGGACCGGGGGGUCACGGUGGACCCAUGAACCAUGGCAACCAAAUGGGCCCGAUGGGUCCGUCAGGACCAAUAGGUCCUGGCGGCAUGGGGCCUGGAAUGAUGGGCUCCGGGCCUAUGGGUUCUGGGCCCAUGGGGCCCGGCCCGAUGGGUCAGAUGGGGCCAGGACCCAUGGGGCAAAUGGGGCCAGGGCCGAUGGGACCCAUGGGGCAAAUGGGGCCAGGUCCCAUGUGCGGCAGCAAUCCGAUGGGCCCCGGUGGGCCGAUGGGUCCAAUGGGCCAAAAUAUGGGGCCCGGUGGGCCGAUGGGCGGGCCCAUGGGACCUGGGAGUCAGAUGAUGGGCCCAAUGGGUCCGGGACAAAUGGGUGGCGGCGGGCCGAUGGGCCCGAUGGGAGUGCGAAGCCGGCAGCCGAUGCCGAUGCGACCACAGCAAAUGUUCCCGCCGCAAAUGGACUAUCAGGACUCAGUGAGCCAGCCGCUGCCACCGUCGAUGGGCGCGCCGUUCGGCAAAGGUGGUUACGUGGGCCCGUCGGCCACCGCGGACCCCAACUACGCGCAGCAAUUUCACAACUUCCAGCAGCAGCUUUACGCGACCAACACUCGUGGUCAAAGUGGGGCGCCUGGACCACCGCAGCCAUUUUUCAAGUGACCCCCACAGUGCCAUGUUUAGUGCAAUCACAGACUUGUUGUUCUUAUUGACUUGACAUUUGUAAGCAAAAAUUUAUCUUUUAUUAAUAAAAACGACUCGAUCGUAAAGAUAAAUUUAACGCCAGUUUGUUGCCCAGACACUUUUUUGCGUUUCAAAAGGUUUCCGUACGGCAAAUAAGGACACGGAGUCUUAAUUUAAUUAACAUCUUUAUUAGCGCUCUUCAGCUAACAGAAAAUGUCGCUUGCAAGCAAGCGGGCCUCAACUCAUUUGAAGCGGUGGAAAUAAUUAAAAGUAUCAGUGCUCUGCAAAUCCCCUCGUUUUUAAAACUUUCAGUAAAUGCGGCAUUUAGAGGUACCCAAUUGAAUUAUUGUGAUCAAAUUAAACAGCAGCAAUUGCGACCACAUUCCUGAGGCAAAUAUCAUGGCAGGUACUCGCGAGAUAAAACAUAAAAUCUGUUUUAGAUACGUGUAGCGUAUAAUGAUUGUUGUAAUGUGUAUUUAAGAGUGAUUGAAAGGGGAUUUGACUAAACUAAACUAGACACUAAGGUGAUCAGCGUCGAAACUAAGAAGGAGAAAAAGCGCUUCAUUUCAUGGCUAUGUUUCGCUGAAGUUAAUCAGAACCACCCUUCUGAUAAUUCUCGAGGUUGGCCAUUACCCA